AUGACAGUGUCUGAACGGCCAUCUCUGGGCGAACCCGUCCCUAGGAGACCCCAUGCAGUAUCAGUGCAAUUGGAAACAUGGAAGGACAUUGUUGGCAUCGGGCUAGGCGACGCCAAAUUGCUUGCGACCCUCCAACAUGGAUAUCCUCGAUCAAUUCUGCACAAGAGCGUCAAGGAUUUGUCCAUUCGCUGCAGAGAUAUGUUAGACCAAAAACAUGUCCGCGACUCGAUCAUGUUGUUCAGCAGUGGUACAGCAGCCAGCCGCUGCAGGGACUACAUUCUAACACUCAAAGGGGAUAAGGAGGCUGAUGUUCGUCCUUCAUCUGUCCUGCUAUAUCUUAUUGAGGUCCUCUCGCAUCCAGGACACAACAGUUACGACCAAGCGAAUGACGUUCUUUAUGCCGUUGCUUAUCCCCAAAGUGCCGCUGUACUGGCAGCGACAUUCUGGAGACUGACCGGAACAGGACUCUCAUCUCGACAGGCGGAGGACUGUUUACGAAAACAUGUUGAUCUUCAGCCCAUGCAAUUGGAUCUAUCUCGAACCAGACCCUCGCCGAUAACACUCCAUCCCGUUUAUAAUGCUCUGCGCUUACGAAUCGCUAGCCUAGUCGAGCGCACAGUACCGACGGUCCCAAGGCCAAACAAGGUGACCAACUCCGACGUUUUCCUCUAUCCAUCGGGUAUGUCAAGCAUCUACCACGUUCACCAGCUCCUCCUCAACUGGCGACCGGGAGAGACUGCAAUCCUAGGCUUUUCAUACGAACUCACGAUCAAAAUGAUGGAGACCUAUGGACCGGGAUUGCAUUUCUACUCGUUUGGGACUGAUGGAGAGCUCGACCAGCUGGCAUCGUACUUGGAACAGACACCGGCGGAGGUCCACAAAAUGCAGGCCAUUUGGUGCGAAUGCCCAUCAAAUCCGUUGCUGCGGACUGUUAACUUGCGCCGGGCGAGACAGCUGGCCAAGAAACAUGACCUGGUUGUGGUCGUUGAUGAGACAAUCGGGGGUUUUGCCAAUGUCGAUGUUCUCGAUGUCGCAGAUAUCGUUAUUUCAUCCCUCACCAAAACCUUCAAUGGUUAUGGCGACGUUCUCGCUGGGAGCGUAAUCUUCAACCCCAAUUCGGUUUACUAUACGGAGCUCCACAGCCGACUGUCUGCAUCUUACGCCAACACACUUUACGUAGAAGAUGCCAUUCAACUAGAGAGAAAUAGUCGAAACUAUCUUUCUCGCACCGCCAGAACGAACGAGACCGCUUCCUACCUGGUCAGCCGUCUCAUUUCCUUGGUUGACGAUCCGGCUAGUCCAAUUGCUGCCGUCUAUUAUCCAUCCGUGUGUUGGUCAGUGGAGAACUAUCGUGCGCAAAUGCGACCAGCCACGGCAGACUUCAUCCCUGGAUAUGGCUGUUUAUUCACCAUUCGCUUUGAAGAUGUGCCUUCGGCCAUUCUAUUCUUCAACAACUUUCAUGUCUGCAAAGGUCCGUCAUUCGGGGCAGAUGUAACCAUUGCCCUGCCCUAUGUACAAAUGGUCUUGCAGAAUGAAAAGGACUGGGCGAGACGAAAUGGGCUGGAGGAAACGAUUGUACGAGUUGCCGUUGGGCUGGAAGAUAGGGCCAAGAUAUGGAACCGUAUGGAGGAUGCAUUGGCCGCAGCGAGUAUGGGACGGAAACAAAUAUAG